CAAAAACUAUAGUUCGAAAGAAAAAUAUAUCCAUCAAUCAAAGCGGUGGAUAAUAUAUCGAUGGGCGUGAUGAAAUUCCUGAGACGACACAUAUUUAAGCGAAAAAGAGGGUCGAUCGCAGCCGUCGAUUGUGAGGAAGAUUAUUACGAUAAGAAGAAACUGAUGAGCGUGGAUGUUGGUGGAGUAAUCGGGUAUGGUGGAUUCAGCAGGGUUUAUGUUGGUCGAUUCCCUGAUUCGUCGAGGGUGGCCGUGAAAAGAUACGUAAGCAGCCAGCGGGUGUAUGAAGAGGUGUACAAGCAGGAGUUGGAGGCCUUGCGUCUCCUCAACCAUCCAAACAUUGUCAAGCUACUGGGCCACUAUCAAGAUGGAGACGAAGGAGUGUUAAUACUGGAAUAUGUCCCCAAUGGCAACUUGCAAGAGAAGCUGGGGCCCAACAACGUCCCUCUCCCAUGGGAGCGUCGCAUGGCCAUUGCAUACCAGGUUGCCCUAGCCAUCUCUUACAUCCACGAUGAGCCCCACAUCGUCCAUGGUGACAUCAAGCCCUCCAACAUUCUUCUCGACUCCUCUCUCAACUGCAAGCUCUGCGACUUUGGGUCCUCCAACUUCCAAAGCAACAAGAACAGGAACAGGUUCAUUACGGGCUCCCCAGGCUACGCGGACCCUGCUUACCUCACCACCGGCCUUGUCUCCAAGAAGAACGACGUAUACGCUUAUGGUGUAGUAGUUUUGGAGCUGGUGACGGGGAUGGAAGCAGUCAACCCAGUCAGCGGCAAGCGGCUAAUUGGCGGGCAAAUUAUGGUGGACCGACGAGGGGGGGUCGACUUGGAGGAGGCAACAAAGAUGGUGGGGCUCGCAAGUAGGUGCGUCUCCGCCUCGCCUGAGGUUAGGCCCACCGCCUCCGACAUUGUGGACUUUAUGAGGAAUCAGAUUCCUUCCUUGUCGAUGUUGUUCACACAAUAUUGACUUGUGUUUGUUUAUGUAUAAUUAUUUGAGAGAGUGAGAGAGACAGAGAGUGUGUAGGGGAUUUUGGAAUGAUGACCUUCUCUCAUUCAUGUAGUGUGAAUAUUUCAUCUUUUUCUCUAUCACUAGUACGUACCCCGUGCGAUGC